AUGGGCACCAAACCAUUUCGAUUAUUUUUGGUUCUUAUUUUUGUGUUAGUCUAUUCUGUACUUGCCAAUAAUUAUUAUGGUCAUCAUCAUCUAAAUGCUAAUCGACAGCGUAUUACUCUCAAUGGCUUAUUUACAAAUUCACAUUACCCAUCAAUACAUUUUGCUCUUGAACAAGUCAAUGCACAAUUAUUAUCGCCAAUAAAUCUUCAAUUUCAUCUCGAUGAAACUGAAGGAACUAUUAAAUGUGAUGUUGGUACCAGUGUAAAAACAUUUUUUGACAUGAUGAAUCGAUCAUCAUCAUCAUUGGGUGUUAUAUUUACUGAUGCUUGUCAAACUGUGCUUAGUUAUAUAUCUGAAACGGCGACUUAUUUUCGUUUACCUGUUAUUUCCUUUACCGAUAGUGAUCUUUCAUUAUUAGCUAAAGAUCGUUAUCCAUAUUUUUAUCAUAUUGUACCAUCAGAUCACGCUCAUAAUUUAGUGCGUAAACAAUUAUUACAAUAUUUUAAUUGGACACGGUUUGGUUUGAUUUAUCAACAUGGUUCAAAAUAUACUCUGGUGGCAAAUGAUUUUUCAAAUUUAACUGCUAUGGAUAAAAAGCUAUUUGAAGUAAAUUUAACACGUGGUCUUGCUUAUCGGCAUGGGCCAAUAUGGCAGGCUAAUAAUGAACGGUAUAUUGAAACAUUAUUAAAAGAUUUUAAAACUCGAGAUGUACGAAUAAUUAUUGCAAAUUUCAAUCAAACAGUUGCUAGACAUAUGUUUUGUCAGGCAGCUCGUGAACAAGUUUAUGGAUCUCGUUAUCAAUGGAUUAUUCUUGGUUAUCCAUCGUCAUCACCUUGGUGGAAUGAGCCAACUCAUUGUUCACAGCAAGAAAUCGUUCGAGCAAUGAAUGGUACAUUACAAACACGUGUACCACAAUUUUCCAUGGACGAGAAUGCAAAUCGAUCAGAAUUUGUUUCAGAAUAUAUAAAAUCAUUUUCGAAAUUCGAAAACGAUUAUUUCGAUGCGUAUGCAUAUGAUACAAUAUGGUCUUUAGCAUAUUUCUAUCGAUUAAAAUUAACGAGUAAUCAAUCGAAUACUGAAGUAUUUAAAAAUAUAAUUGACGAUAUUGAUUUUAUUGGUGCUACUGGCAGAGUGAGGUAUUUAGAUGGUGGUCGAAUAGGUGAAGUUCUUGUUGAGCAAUUUGUUGCUUGUCGAAUGAUGAAUAAUGAAACAUGUACAAUUCCAUGUUAUGAAGAAGAAGAAGAUUGUCAUUUAACUGUUGUGAAAAUUUUUCGUGCCACGUAUUCGGAAUCAAAAGAUGGUCCACCAAUUUUAUAUACACUUAAUCCAAUUAUGUGGCAUGGAAAUGGUCCACCACGAGAUCGAACUAAUCAAACAGUACAAUUCGAGCAUAUCUAUCCUUCUGUAUUUAUAUCGAUAUCAAUAUGUAGCGGAAUUGGUUUAUUCAUGUCAUGUGCAUUUCUUGCUUUUAAUAUUCAUUUUCGAUCACAUCGAUACAUUCGUAUGUCAAGUCCAACAUUAAAUAAUAUAAUAUUAUGUGGAUGUAUGUUGGCUUAUAUUAGUAUGAUUUUAAUGGGUAUUAAUUCAUCGUUGUUUCGAGAAAAAUCGUAUGUCGGAACAAUUAUGAACAUUUUUUGUCCGACUCGAGUCUGGAUUCUAUGUAUUAGUUUUACAUUAGCUUUUGGAUCGAUGUUCAGUAAAACUUGGCGCGUACAUUCAAUUUUUACAAAUAUUAAUACGACGAAACGAGGUAUUCAUGAUUCCCGGUUACUUGCAAUUGUUGGUGUUCUACUAACUAUCGAUUUGAUAUUUUUAAUCGUAUGGCAAAUAUUAGACCCUAUACGUCGAGUACUUGUUUAUUCUGCACCACAUCGAUUAAAAGACAAUCAAGAUAUAGAAAUAAUUCCAUAUCGCGAAGAAUGUAAAAGUAAAAAUAUGAGUUUAUGGUUUGUUGUUUUAGUUUUAAAUAAAGGUUUAUUAAUGUUCUACGGCUCAUUUCUAUCAUGGAAAACCCGUCAUGUUACAAUGCCGGCAUUAAAUGAUUCACGUUAUAUCGGUUUAAGUGUAUAUAUUGUGUUUAUUUGUUGUACACUUGGCUCCUUGGUUAUAUUUAUACCAUCUGAACAGAUGCAGUUUUCAUAUUUUCUUAGAUCAUUUUUUAUUGUUAUUUGUACAACAGCCACUGUAUGUUUGGUAUUUGUGCCCAAGAUUAUUGAAGUUUAUCGUGAUCCACAUUCAAAAAAAAGACAACCAAAAGUUACAAAUCGUUUACAUCCGAACCAAGGUCGUCCUAUUGUAUUGACGGUGCAACAUUUGAAUGCAAUUUUAUCUGAUAAUCAAGACUUAAAAUUAGUUCUAUCUAUGCAAGAAGAAACUUUGAAUCGAUUGUUCGAUCAAUUGAAUGGUCCACGAGUGGAAAAUAGAAUUACUACUGUUACUGAACCAUUUGAAAUGGAACGUCUUAUUGUAUGUAAUGACGGAGCUGACGAAGAAGAUGAUGAGGAUGACGACGACGACGACGACGAAGAAGAAGAAAAAGAAGAAGAUUCUUCUUCCGGUGAUGAAUGUCACUUACAAUUUAUCACAAGCAAUGCUUCAUUACAACCAGGACGCGUUGCUCGUGCCGUAAGCUUAUGUUUAUUUAAUAAAGUUCAGCUGGGACGAAUAUCUUGGCCGGAAGCAGCUAGUGAUAGUCGUUAUUCAAUUCCAUCGCAAGAUAUUCACCAUUUCGCCUCGUCAUCAGCUUCGAAAACUCUACGACGACAAGCAUAUCACAAUUCAUUUAGUAUUUUUAAGAAUAGCCGAAAUUCGGAACAUUCAGCAGUUGCUAAAGAUAAUCAUGCAUCAUUGCAAAAUUUUGAACCGUUAUUCGAUGGUUUAGUGUUACUUGAUGAAACUCGACUAGAUGAUAUGCUUGAAACAGACCUUAUAUCAACAGUAAAUGGCUAG